CAGGCUCGAGGGUCGUGUGGUGAGCGUUAUAUAUUUGUGUGGCAGCACUGGAGCUGAGCGGAAACCCCUCCCGAGUCCCAACUCAACUCCUCCAACCCCAGUCAAAGAAAAGAGGAAUACCAAGGAAUCAGGAAACACGGACAAAUACCACAAUACACCUUUACAGAAAAGGCCAGGCAGCAUUAGCAGGGCAGCGCUAGCAGCGGCUAACGUCCCACCAGAACAGGAAAGCAAAUGAACAACAGUAGCAAUGCAGACCUGAGCAGCACCCCCCAUUGAACGAGAGAGAGAGAGCGCGUGCCUUGCGAGCAAGAUGGGGUUCGGCCGAGACCUGCACAACUCGCACGAGGGUCUGGUGAAGCUGCAGGACUGGGAGCUGAAGCUGCUGGAGACGGUGAAGCGCUUCAUGACCCUGCGGGUGAAGAGCGACAAGGAAUAUGCAUCUCUCCUGCUCAACAUCAGUCAGCAGGUGGACAAGCAUGACAACAACUCUCAGAUCCACUAUGUCAGUACGGUCUCCAAGUCGUGGACCAACAUGGUUCAGCAGACAGAGCAGUUGAGCAAGAUUAUGAAGUGCCACGCUGAGGACCUCAACUCAGGGCCUCUCCACCGCCUCACAAUGAUGAUCAAAGACAAGCAGCAGGUGAAGAAGAGUUACCAAAGCCUCCACCAGCAGAUCGAGUCUGAGAUGCACAAGGUAACUAAAAACGAUCUUGAGAAGUUGAAAUACACCUACAGGCAGUUAACUAAGGAUGCUGUUUUAGCAAGAGACAAAUACAAGGAGGCUGUUGUAAAAGGCAAAGAGACUGAAAAAGCCCGUGAGCGAUACGACAAAGCCACCACGAAGCUGCAUAACCUGCACAACCAGUAUGUGCUAGCGGUGAAAAGCGCACAGCUGCAUCAGGAGCACUAUCAUGAGACUGCACUGCCUCUGCUGCUGGACUCACUGCAGAAGAUGCAGGAGGAGAUGAUCAAUGCACUUAAGGGGAUUCUGGAGGAGUACAGUGAAAUCACCAGCCUGUUAACAGAUGAAAUAGUGAAGGUCCACAAAGAAAUACACACCUCCAUCGACCAAAUCGAUCCACUGUCAGAGUAUGACAACUUCAUCGACAUUAAUAAAUCACCAGAAGCCAAAGAACCAAUUGUAGAAUUUGAUGCAACGCUAUUAGAAGAAACAGAGAAUCUUCAAGCAAAUGAGAUUCUGUGGAAUAAUUUGACAGCAGACAGUUUACAAGCAAUGCUGAAGUCCAACUCAGAGGAGCUGCUCCAAACCCAGGAGAGUCUUCACAGCAAAGAGGACCUCAUGCAGGACCUGGAGAACAAACUCGAGGAAUCUACCAAAACCUUUGAGAAGAAAUCAGAUGUGGUGUUGUUACUCAGUCAGAAGCAGUCUUUGGAGGAGUUGAGACAGACGGUCCAGAUGCUGCGCUGUUCAGAGGCCAAACUAAUGGCACAGAGAGAACUACUAGAACAGAAGAUGCAAGAGAACGAGGGCAAAGAACCACCGCCUGUCGUCAAUUAUGAAGAGGAUGCCCGCUCAGUCAACUCAAUGGAUAAAAGCAAAGACAAGGUAUCGAAGUUUGACACCCUCAGACACUCCAUCGCUGGAAUCAUCCGCUCGCCCAAGUCUGUACUGGGCUCUUCAUCAUUUUUUGAUGUGAUACCCACAAGUGAGAAACCGCUGGGCGAGCAAGAGUGGUAUCACGGUGCCAUUCCCAGGACAGAGGCCCAGGAGCUGCUGAAGCAGCAGGGAGACUUCCUGGUGCGCGAGAGCCACGGCAAACCUGGAGAAUAUGUGCUGUCUGUGUUCUCAGAUGGACAGCGCAGACAUUUCAUCAUUCAGUUUGCUGAUAAUCAGUACAGAUUUGAAGGCACUGGCUUCCCCACAAUCCCACAGCUCAUAGAGCAUCAUUACACAACUAAGCAAGUCAUCACCAAGAAAUCUGGGGUCGUGCUCCUGAACCCUGUCAUAAAGGAUAAGAAAUGGAUUCUCAAUCAUGAGGACGUCAAUCUUGGAGAACUCCUUGGGAAAGGAAAUUUUGGUGAGGUUUUCAGAGGAACCCUGCGAGAUAAAACCCUGGUGGCCGUGAAAACUUGUAAGGAAGAUCUACCACAAGACCUCAAGAUAAAGUUCCUCUCAGAAGCCAGGAUCCUGAAGCAGUACGAUCACCCCAACAUUGUGAAGUUAAUAGGCGUCUGUACCCAACGGCAGCCCAUUUACAUAGUAAUGGAGCUCGUACCAGGCGGGGACUUUUUAUCAUUCUUAAGAAAGAAAAAAGAGGACCUCAAGACAAAGCAACUGGUAAAGUUUGCAUUAGAUGCUGCUGCUGGAAUGGCAUACCUGGAGCUGAAGAACUGUAUACACAGAGAUCUGGCUGCUCGCAACUGCCUUGUGGGAGAGAACAAUGUGCUGAAGAUCAGUGAUUUUGGGAUGUCCCGCCAGGAGGACAAUGGCAUCUACUCUUCAUCAGGACUGAAACAGAUCCCAAUCAAGUGGACUGCACCGGAAGCACUGAACUAUGGGAGAUACAGCUCCGAGAGUGAUGUGUGGAGUUAUGGGAUCCUCCUGUGGGAAACCUUCAGUCUAGGAGUGUGUCCUUACCCGGGAAUGACCAACCAGCAGGCUCGAGAACAGGUCGAAAAAGGUUACAGAAUGUCCUGCCCGCAGAAGUGUCCAGACGAGGUGUACAGGAUCAUGCAGAGAUGCUGGGAGUACAAGCCUGAGAAUCGACCCAAAUUUGUCGAUAUUCAGAAAGAACUGGCCUCUGUCAAGAAAAAAUAGCCUUUAAUGAGGAAAUGGCUGGAAGGCCAAACUCAAACUUCACAUCCAGGUGAUCCCUAAUCUGCAGAGAGAAACACAACGAAUGUUUCGCCCUCCAAAUGACAUGCAAUUACUGUGUGAACUGCCUAUGCACCAGCUGUUUUGAGCCAUUAGCAUGGAGAGAGGUCUCAGCUUUGCUCUGAUGUUAAAAUUAUGCAGAUUUCCCCCGUUUUUUGGUAACUGAGCAACAGUUAAGCUACGACAGACAGCACAUAAGAUGUAUUAGGUGUAUUCAGUAUGCCACUGAGUAUUCCUCACCAGUGAAAAGGGGGGGUUGUUUGCCCCAAAAUGAAAUUGUCAUCAUUUGCUCACCUUUGUUGUUCCAAACCUGCAGAACUUUACUUUUCUUCUCUGCAACACAAAAACACAUUUUGAAAAGCGUUUUUGGUCCAAUCAGGGAAGGUUCGUUGGGUCUCAUGUUGUUUUUUUUUUAUACUUGAUUCACAUUCUUCAAAAUAUCUUGUGUUCCCAGGGGAAAGAAAAAGUCAUGCUGGUUUGGAAGGACGUGGAUAGAUAAAUGAUGACAAUGCUCAUUUUUGGGGAGCUAUCCCUUUACAAUAUGCAAAUGAAUGUGUGUAGAUGGACUGUUUGUCCAUCCAAUAACAAUAUUGCUUUUUCUUUUUUUAUAAGUCCUAAAACCUAAUGGUUUGGGGAGUUUUAUAGUCAAGACUUUUUUUUAUGCCAUUUUUAUGUUACUGGAGUAAUAGGACCCUUUGUGGGAAAAAUAAAAAAUACAGGUGUUUGUCAUUCACACAAAAUAACCACAUCCUUGAGACGUUCACUGAGUGACAUUCCAGCGUUUCAGCACUCGUCAAGCAAUGAGACCAAAUGCAUAGAUUUACCUAAGUGUCAUUUAUAACAACAGCAAUAGUCUACUACAGUCAGGUGGCAUUCUGACUUUCAGACUGCUUGCAUGGACACUGCAUCAAUCCACAGUUUACAAGCUCUUGAAACACUUCAAUCUUACACCUCUUCAUGGUAAUAUCAUUCAAAGUUGAAAGUCAUAGUUCAGAAUUUAAGAAAUAAAAAUCUGUCAUAAUUUGCUCA